UGCAGUGGACUCGUGUGUGUGCCCUCAGACGCUCACAUUAUCACUUGGGAAAGAGACAGAGAGGUAAAGAUAGAGAGAGAGAGAGAGAGAGCGAGGAAGAGAGGCUCGGGGCUGGAACUUGAAUCUGUGUCCUAUCUCCCUCGCCUUUUUCCUUUCCGGCAUAUCCGCCAUCGAGCGCAGGCUGUUCCGUCUUUUCCUCCCUGUGGUCCGGUGACUGGGGAAUCCACCUGCCGGAGAGCAGACACACCUCGUGAUGGAUGCCCUGAAAUCUGCCGGCAGAGCGAUUAUCAAGAGCCCGGGAGUUCCGCGGCACACAUGGGGAACUUCAAAACACGAAAAGCUGCCAGAGAACUGGACAGACACGAAGGAGACUCUGUUAGAGGGGAUGGUGUUCAACGUGAAGUACCUGGGUAUGACUCUGGUGGGCCAGCCUAAAGGAGAGGACAUGGCCUCUGCUGCCAUUCGCAGAAUUGUUGCCACAGCCAGAGCCGGUGCUAAGAAGUUUCGGAAAGUAACACUGACGGUCUCACCGAAAGGCAUCGUUAUCACAGACACAGAAACCACAGACCUCAUAGAGAAUGUCUCCAUUUACAGAAUCUCAUACUGCACAGCAGAUAAAACUCAGGAUAAGGUCUUUGCAUAUGUUUCUCAGAGUCAGUUCAACGAGACUCUAGAGUGCCAUGCCUUUCUCUGCCAAAAGAAGAAAAUUGCUCAGGCUGUAACAUUAACAGUAGCCCAGGCCUUUAAAGUGGCCUUAGAUCUUUGGGAGAUUGCUCAGGAAGACAAAAGCAAGAAGGCCAGGACCUGCUGUACGUGCGCAGCAAGCAAUGGGCAGACAGAGGCAGCGGACACUCAGUGUGUCCCAGCAGAUCCAGAGGCACAUAAGCCCAGUGGGAUGGAGGAAAAGCUCCGGAGGCCCUUAUUCUCUGCUUCGCUCAGCUCGCCCUCACCUCGUAGUAACCCUACUCGAAGGCGACCAAUCAAACAUGACUCUUGGGAUGUGGAAGAUGGACUUGAGGAUGCAUUCUCAAGCAACAUGGAAACAGAGGAGACAGACACUGACUGGCCGAGUCCCGCUCCGAACCCGUCUCUGACAAUGCAGCUUUGAGUCUCCCGGAGGUCUCCACUGAGAAUCUGUUGCCUGUCUGCAACAAUGAGUUUAAAUAACACAUACCGGCAAUAGCUGCUCGACGUACAGCACCACAGAAAUUAGACAAAAAGCAUACGCUCCAGUACCCAGGCUGAUAAAAACAGCAUGCUUUACUCGAUCAGAAAGAAAAAAACAUAUCACCCUCCCCGGUGCACAAACUGAAUGAGAAAGCCUGUAUUUGAUAUUCAGUCACUGCUGCAGAGAAGCCAGAGUGAAUACCCUGAUAUUAUGAAAUGUUAUUUCUGUGAAUGCCUGCCUGUCAAAACACACUUCUCUCAGUGUAAACAGCCAUCUCCUGCCAUCUUAAAAUUUGGUGCACACAGUGCGCAAUACACCACAGCGAAGAGAGCAAGGACGACAAAUUUGUACACAAUGCAAUUCACACAGGAUGAGGUUUGGAGUCUCCUCCUUUUAGUCAUAACUUGUGAAACAUUCCCACAUGUGGAUUCCUCUUGUAAAUUACAGUAAAGCCUGCACAAACGUCACAGUCCAAAGAUGCGUGCACUGUAUAUAUGCCUGCUAUCGCUUUCUGAAAAUGUGAACGCUCUCUAAUCUUGCUGUUUGUUUUGGUGCAGUAACAGCUGCCAGUCACAGCACUUGCUGGAAGAAGUCCAGUGUUAGGAGUCAUCAUCAGACACUGGAGUGAACACUCUGUCAUGAUGCUGAAUGGGUUUUACACGAAUCAUCCAGUUUGUUGUAUCGAACAAACCAUUUCUUUUGGGGGAUGAAGCCCCCAUUAGACACAAAGACAUAUAAAAGUGUGUGUCAGGUUUUUUUCCUGGCAACACAGUCAAAAAGGAAAUGUUUCUUUAAGAAGAAUACUUGUAACAUUUACAAAGUAAAGUGGAGUACUUAAAUUUAAUCUCCAGCUAACUGUAUAUGAUCAUAGUUUUUUGAUCCCAAAUUCUCACUGCUUGAGGGGUAUUCACUUCAUUCACUUGUUGUGACCUUUCCCAGCAGAUAGAUGUGCCAGGUUGUCAUGGGAAUGGUUCAGUUUGUUAUAUAUCGGGUCAUUGUUUGCAGUGGGUGGGGGGGUUUGGCAUCCAUCGUAUUUAUAAUAGAGAUAAUGUAUGAGAAGAGGGAAUUUAACUACCAAUUUAUUCAUCCGUCUUUUGUUGCAGGACCCAGAAAUUGUUAAAUCUGAGUGCAUCUUUCUGCUGGGAAACAUGAGGCUGAAAUCUUCAGGAGUCCUUCAGCUUGUCCUUGUGUUGGGAAAGUUACCAGAUUGUUAUUUUCAAGGUCAAGAAAGAACCUUUUAUGUAUGUUUUAUUUUUCCUUAUAGGUAAAGUAUUUUGGUAUCCCUUUUGCAUUUAGUGUCAUUAUGAGGUUUAAAUGAUGUAUUCACUAAAUCACUAGAGCUUCAAGACCAUUAGGGAUGCACGCAACAACCAGCUGUUUUUAUGUUAAAACGGUUACUCUGGCAAUUUACAACUGUAAUAAAUAGAAAAAUUUAUGCUAACAGUGAUCAAAAUUGAACUAACAGAGGGUGAGAUGUUGUUGUGACUAAUUCCAAAAUCCUGCCUUCCAUUUUCUACAAUGCAGCAGCUAGAGUCUGAAAGUUCACCACACUACCAAUUUGCACCCCAGGCUUUAUGCUGAAGAUCUGUAGUUUCUAUAUCCAAGCUAACCUAAACGUAAUGUGCAAAAUAAGAAAAAAAAGAUAAGCAAAUUUUAAUCAUAUGCAGCCUUUUAUGGGUGAAUGAGUGAUCUGCCUAUGGUUUGCAGUGCAUACAUAAAAGUUUACAUAGUUGUUUUUCUUUCUGUCUUAAGUGCUAAAUAUAACUGCGAAUUUACUCUUGAAGUAACAGGCUGAGAUUUCUGUAACGAUCAUCACGGUCUGACUGGAAUACGGCGAGUUUAGCAUCUCCUCAUUCAUUCAGCUGUCACUGUACAUAAAGACAAUGUUACUGUUAAUGCUGUUAGGUUAUGGAAACUGUGUUUCAAGCCCAAAAUCAGACUAAAGAAACCUAUUUCCAAAUGCUGUAUUUUUUCAGUGUCAAAGCUGUAUGUAUUUACUGUAUGUAUACAUAUUGUAUCAUUAUAAAUGAAGUAGGAUGAUUAGAAUCAGGGCUUUUCACAGGUGGGCUUUUUUUAUCACUCUAAUUGGGACGUGAAUGUGUAGAUGCUUGUGUGCUUUUGCGUUAGGUUAGACGAUUUGUACAGAUUUAAUUGACUGGGUUUUACUACUGCAGGAGUCGCUCAUUUUUCUUACUUGUUAUAUUCAUUUACAUAGUUCACACUGUCCUCUUUUAAGGAUGCUUUUCCUUUUCUCUUAAACAUCUCUUUUCAUAAGUGGAAAUGAUACAUUCCAAUUGUUUUCUUGUUUUUUUGUUUUUUUAUUAGACUGUGCAGUUUAUUUAUAUCCACCACUCAAAUGCUGUUUGUUGUCAAGAGCAUGUUAGAUUGUGCCACAGUCUGGUUGAAGUGGUCUUCUCUGUAUUCACGGCAUCAUGACUGAAAAUAAUUGUGGCGGUGGUAGGUGGGAGGUAGCAGGGAGCUCCGUAUUGUUGUCAUGACACCCGCUGCAGAAUAAUUGGUUGGCUUAUCAGGUUACGACAUGAGGCUUAAUUACACCGUUUCAUUCCUGACUGUCUGAAAUACCAACUCUAUUACAAAUUUUAAAGCGAAACUAUUUAGUAUGGAUAGCAGAAAUGCCCUGUGUCAUGUCAAGGAUGGUCUAGGAAGCGAUGUGUUCACUUUAGUAUUGACUGUGAAUUUGGAGGUCAGCAGAGUGCGCUGCCAGUGCGAUGCUGUAAUGCACAAAUGAUCUGUACUCACCUUUUUCAGACCCGUCAUUGAUUGACUGAUGGAUUCCUGUGUGGAUGUGUCUGCUGAUUCAGUGCUGUUAGAUAUUUUAAGAUUGGCUGCUGUCCAAGAGCUGUGAAAUCUGUGUUUUUUUUUUUCACUUAAAAAAAAAACAAUAGUUUCACCCUGUGAAGCCUGAUAAUAAUAAUUAUAAUAAUACAUUUACACCUCAGGUAAUUUAGAAACAGACAUACUACUAAAACAUACUAUUAAAUAUAUUGGGAACAUUUCAUUUUUUUAAUGGUUUUAAACCUUUAUUUUACUUUAUGCUGCAGCAGUUAUAGCAAGAACAGGUUCUAUAGUUUUGUUUUGUUUUGUUUUUUUAAAUGGCACAUUAACCAUGAUAAUGUGCCAUGAUCUUUAAUUUACCACUCUUAAUAUUUCUAAAUGACAUUGCAAUAAUCAUUAAUGUAGUAGUUAGCUCAGUUUAAAUACGAAAUGGUGUCCUGGGAGUUGUAAUAAGGACAGAGUACAUUAUGUACACAUUUUAGAAACACUUUAAGUUUUAUUUGCACUGUAAUGUUGUUAAAAUGAGAAGCUAGUGACUUUUGGCACGUAGAAAUAACAGGCGCUCAAAGCUCUGUUACUUCCUGCACGGCACAAUUAAUCCACGAGUGGCCAAAGACAUGAGAGAAAGUGCAUGGACAGGUUUUGUUGUACAGUUUCACUAUGGUGAUGGUGUUAAAGUCCCAAAAAACAUCCAGGUGAAAUUGUGGUACUGUGUAGGCUUAAAGCUAAAUUAUUAUUUGUAAAUUAAUAAAACAUAAAAAGUAAUCUAAUUUAAGAAGAAGAAAGUCCUGGAUUAAUAACAUUAUGACGCAGAUAAUUCCAUCAGGCUCCUCAGAGUAUUGUUUCAUGUAGCUAGUAUAAGGGAAACAGCAUGCCAUCAAUGUGGCAGAUUCCCAGCAAAUCUUGACUGGAUGCGGUUCUUUGGCACAGCUGAGACUUUUGUCUUUGGGAGUGAAGAGAGAGAGAGAGACCAGCACUUGGAGGUACAGCAUGCCAAACUGAGUCUUAUGUGCACUGAAUACAAAUUACCCUGUGAGGUUCUGAGCCCAGAAAGCAUUUUAGGCUGUUAGGUUUUUAAAAAAUGAGAAAGAGUUUCGACUGGAAAAGCCAAGUACUCUCAGAAAAGCUACUGUACUUUUUAACCCCAAAUAAACACUGACGUUUACAGUAUGAAUUUACUUUACCAAGGUGCUUAUUUUCUAUCUAUGCAAAUAGUGGGUUUCCAGCAGUGUUGUGAUAUUAUGUUAAUAGCAGUUUGUGUAUGAUUCACAAGCAGGUGUCCUAAUCUGUGUAAAAUUGUGUACAGAAUUUUGAGGCUGUUAUGGUUUGUUACAUAUUUAUGCAUA